UCUCUGAGCGGAGAAAAGGCACAGAGAACCUAAGCGACUCAGCGCUAGACAGCAGAUAGGCAACACAUUGCGAUCUAUCUCUGAACGCAAUUUGAAACCAAAAACGUGAGAAGCGAACUCAAAAUAAUAACAGAAACAAAACUUAUGACAAAAAGAACAAGUAUAAUUUGGUCCAAAAAGUCCAAAAUUUUAAAAAUUGAUCUGAUUGAGAUAGGGAAUGAUUGGAAGGAACACAUUAAAUCUCACUCAUCCGUUUUGAGAAGAAGUGGAUUUUCUUACUCUUUUGGACAAAAAAAAGGGGGAAACCAAGCAAGGAACCCUCAAGCUGAGCUCCAGUGAGGAGAGUCAGGCAGAGAGAGGAAGAAGAGGCAUCGCAGCAUCUUGGCUAUUCUCGUCCCAGAGGGGAUAGCUGAUCUCUCUCCCUUGCUCCCUUACUCUCACGCUACUCUGCACUCCACGCGCGCUCCAGAGAGAUGGCUGCAGCCAAGACGGAGCUCCUGCCUGCACUGCCGAUCUCAGACCCCCUGAGUUUCCCUCACUCCCCCAUGGAUAGCUACCCCAAGCUGGAGGAGAUGAUCAUGCUCAACUCUGCAGGAACCCCCUUCCUGAACGCCUCCGCACCCGAAGGAGGUGCAGGCUUUGGCUCUGGGGAGCCCGGGGAGCAGUACGACCACCUGGCUGGAGACACUCUUCCAGAGAUUGCCCUGAACUGUGAGAAGUCCCUGGCUGAGCAGAGCUUCCCCACCCAGCGCCUGCCGCCCAUCACCUACACAGGGCGCUUCACCCUUGAACCUGCCACCAACUGCAGCAACAGCCUGUGGGCAGAGCCUCUCUUCAGUCUGGUCAGCGGCUUGGUGGGCGUCAACACAUCCACCACCUCAAUCCCCUCUUCUUCUUCAGCCUCCCAGACCACUCCCUCCUCUUCAACUGCUUCAUCUUCUGCCCCAUGCUCAUCCUCAUCUUCCUCCCCAUCCUCAUCUACGUCCAGUCCCAGCCUAAGCUGCUCAGUGCACCAGAAUGAGCCCAACCCAAUCUACUCGGCUGCACCCACCUACUCCAGCGCCAGUCCUGACAUCUUCCCCGAGCCUGGUCCAAGUUUCCCCUCGGCGGUGGGCGGCUCCCUGCCAUACCCGCCCCCUGCAUAUGCCAGCAGCAAAGCCUGCAGCACCAGCUUCCCCGUACCCAUGAUCCCUGACUACCUAUUCCCUCAGCAACAGAGCGAGAUAAGCUUGGUGCCACCUGACCAGAAGCCCUUCCAGACGUCGGCGGGCCAGCAGCCUUCGCUCACGCCACUGUCCACCAUCAAAGCAUUUGCCACUCAGACAGGCUCUCAGGACCUGAAGAGUGUCUACCAGUCACAGCUGAUCAAGCCCAGCCGUGUGCGCAAGUACCCCAACCGGCCCAGCAAGACGCCACCCCACGAGCGCCCAUAUGCCUGCCCCGUGGAGACAUGCGACCGGCGCUUCUCACGCUCCGAUGAGCUAACGCGCCACAUCCGCAUCCACACGGGUCAGAAGCCCUUCCAGUGCCGCAUCUGCAUGCGCAACUUCAGCCGUAGUGACCACCUCACCACGCACAUCCGUACACACACUGGCGAGAAGCCCUUCGCCUGCGAGAUCUGUGGCCGCAAGUUCGCCCGCAGCGACGAGCGCAAGCGCCACACCAAGAUCCACCUGCGGCAGAAGGACAAGAAGGCAGAGAAGACCGCUGCGGCUGCAGCCGCUGUUGUCCAGAGUGCAAUCGCCCCCGUCUCCAUCUCCGUGCCCUCACCUGUGUCCAGCUACCCGUCGCCCAUCGCCUCCUAUCCCUCACCUGUCUCCUCUUUCCCCUCACCGGUGGCCUCCUGCUACUCCUCACCUGUGCACACUUCAUACCCGUCACCCGCUGCUUCUGGCACAUUCCAAACCCCAGUUGCCACCUCUUUCCCCACCUCGGUGGGCAGCAGCAUCUACAGUUCCCCCGUCACAACCCCGCUGGCUGACAUGCAGGCAGCCCUCUCUCCUCGGACAUCUGCCGACAUCUGCUGAGACACUCUCCCCUCCCUCCCCAUCUCCAGAGAAAAUCCUGUUCCUCCAUCCAGUCGGAGAGAAAGCGUUACAGACUUGUUUAUCUUCCAACCCCCCACCCACCCCCCCCUCAGCGACAGCACUUUUCUGCCCGCACGCUCAAAGACAUUUACACCAAACGGUCAAAGACUCAAAGACAUUUGAAAGCAAAAGGGAGAUUUUUCUUUUCUCAAAUGCCUCAAAAUCUCUUACCUUCAAAUGAGGCAUUCAAGACUAAGAGUGAAGCAACAGGUCUUAGCGGGUUUUCCUCUGACUGUACACAUAUAGACAUACAUGUGACAGCAAAGGAGCAAAAAGAACUUUAUUGUUGUAAUCUAAUGCCUGCAGGUUUCAAGCUCAAAUGUCCUGAAUAGGCAGGAGUACAUUUACAUAAAGACAUAGUAAUAUACAUAAGCUACAGUAUAUGUAUAUUGUACAUGUGCCAUGUUUGAGUUUUUGUUUUUACUUUUUAGUACCAUUGUUGUGAAAAUUUAUUUGAAUAUUUGCAUUGUAUUAUUCUAAAUUGAGCAGGGCCAUAUUUUAUACAUUCUGUAGUACGUAGUGAAAAUGCUGUGAUAAGUUUUUGACUUUGUUUGGGUAAAAGCACUUAAGUAUUCUGACGCAUGUGUAAGAGUGAUGUUACUUUCUUAUUUUGUAAAUAUCAUUCACUGGUACUCUUUCUCUCUUUUUCAAAUGUGACAGCACCAGUCUGCUAAAUGGAGGGAAAAUGACAUAAAAAUAACAAAUCUUUGAAUUUUUUGGUGCCUUUUGAGAAGCCUUUGCAGAUGGACUGACAGAUAUACGUGCAAGUGGAUGCUUUGCAUCUAGCCUUAAGGUGUAAGGGAUUUUUUUUCUCCUUCUCAUUUUUUCUUCAUUAUUCAGAGAGUCAUUUCAAGGAACGAAGAGAACGAAUACAAGGGCACUGCAUCAUGUUUUUGGGAUGUAAGCAAAAAAACCCCUAGAAAACUAUAUUUUUGUAACUGAAAUGUAUAUAUCUACAGGAGUUGGAAUGCUGUAGUUACCUACUGAGUAGGCAUGGGAUUUUUUGUAUGUUAUUUACAUGCAGUCCAUUAUUUUGUUGUUAUUUUUAUUUUUUUGUAUUUGUGUUUGUUCAAAAAAAGUGACUGUUUAUGGCUUCUAAACACAUUGAAUGCGCUUAACUGCCAGUGGGAUAUUUGGUGUAGAAGAUAUCCUUCCUGAACGGAAACAUAAAUAAAACAUAAAUAUAUAUGUUCAA